GUCAUUCAAAGUGAGAUUUUUUCUGAGGUUUUACUUUAUCAUCGUCUUGACAUUCAACACGAUGUUAAUGAUACCAGUAUUAGUGUUUUUUGGCUCUGUAAUCUCUGUGACGUCCGACAGAGCGUGUGAUGUAUGUAGAUGUAGGGAUACAAAGGUAGACUGUAUGUCGCAGUCGUUGAAAGAAAUUCCGACGGACAUCCCAAAGAAUACAACAGAGCUGUACCUGCAAUACAAUCAAAUAACAAAGAUACCAGAGGCAGCAUUCUCCGAUCUGGUGAAAUUACGAAUUCUGAAUCUACAAUGGAAUCAAAUAACAAUGAUACCUGAGACAGCAUUUUCUGGUCUGGUGAAUUUACAAGAUCUGUAA